GAGUGUGGAAAAUGCUUCACUAAUUCAAGUUCCCUCACUUCCCAUAAAAGAAUCCACACCGGAGAAAAACCAUAUAAAUGCCCGGAGUGUGGAAAGAGCUUCAGAGCUUCAAGUUCUCUUACUGGUCACAAAAUGAUCCACACCGGGGAGAAACCCUACAAAUGCAAGAACUGUGGAAAAAGCUUCAGACGAAAAUAUCAAUGUGUUGUACAUAACAGAAUCCACACUGGGGAGAAACCGUAUAAAUGCUCGGAGUGUGGAAGAUGUUUCACUAUGUCAAGUUCCCUCACUACCCAUCAAAGGAGCCACACUGGGGAAAAUCAGAAACCAUAUAAAUGCCUGGAUUGCGGAAAAAGCUUCAGAGACUCAAGUUAUCUUACUUCCCAUAAAAGGAUCCACACAGGAGAAAAACCGUAUGAAUGUAAGGAAUGCGGAAAGAGCUUCCGUUUUGCACAAAGCCUCACUUCCCAUAAUAGGAUUCACACAGGCGAGAAACCAUAUGAAUGUCCCAAGUGUGGAAAGACUUUCAGUCAAAAAUAUCAGUAUACUGUACAUAACCGAAACCACACUGGAGAGAAACCAUAUAAAUGUACGGAGUGUGGAAAACGCUUUACUAAUUCAAGUUGCCUCACUUCCCAUAAAAGAAUCCACACAGGGGAAAAACCAUAUAAAUGCCCGGAGUGUGGAAAGAGCUUCAGAGCAUCAAGUUCUCUUACUGCUCACAAAAUGAUCCACACCGGGGAGAAACCCUACAAAUGCAAGAACUGUGCAAAAAGCUUCAGACAAAAAUGUCAAUAUAUUGUACAUAACAGAAUCCACACCGGGGAGAAACCGUAUAAAUGCUUGGAGUGCGGAAAAAGUUUCCGUUCGGCAAAACAUCUCCCUUCCCAUAAAAGGAUCCACACUGGUGAGAAACCGUAUUCGUGCAAGGAAUGUGGGAAGAGCUUCAGUGAAAAACAUCAUUUUACUGAACAUAACAGAAUCCACACUGGGGAGAAACCGUAUAAAUGCUUGGAGUGUGGAAGAUGUUUCACUGUGUCAAGUUCUCUCACUUCCCAUCAAAGGAUCCACACUGGGAAAAAAUCAUACAUCUGCCUCGUGUGUGGAAAGGGGUUUACUCAACAUCAGUCCCUUUAUGAGCACAGAAAAAUUCACCAAGGAGAGAAACCAUAUAAAUGCUUGGAGUGCGGAAAAAGCUUCAGAGACUCAAGUUAUCUUACUUCCCAUAAAAGGAUUCACACAGGAGAAAAACCGUACGAAUGUAAGGAAUGUGGAAAGAGCUUCCGUUUUGCACAAAGCCUCACUUCCCAUAAUAGGAUUCACACAGGCGAGAAACCAUAUGAAUGUCCCAAGUGUGGAAAGACCUUCAGUCAAAAAUAUCAGUAUACUGUACAUAACCGAAACCACACUGGAGAGAAACCAUAUAAAUGUAUGGAAUGUGGAAAACACUUCACUAAUUCAAGUUCCCUCACUUCCCAUAAAAGAAUCCACACCGGAGAAAAACCAUAUAAAUGCCUGGAGUGUGGAAAGAGCUUCAGAGCUUCAAGUUCUCUUACUGCUCACAAAAUGAUCCACACCGGGGAGAAACCCUACAAAUGCAAGAACUGUACAAAAAGCUUCAGACAAAAACAUCAAUAUAUUGUACAUAACAGAAUCCACACUGGGGAGAAACCGUAUAAAUGCUUGGAGUGUGGAAGAUGUUUCACUGUGUCAAGUUCCCUCACUUCCCAUCAAAGGAUCCAUACUGGGAAAAAUCGUAGAUUUCUCUGGUGGAUCCACACAGGAGAAAAACCAUACGAAUGCAAAGAAUGCGGAAACAGCUUCCGUUUUCGACGAAACCUCAUUUAUCACAAUAGGAUUCACACUGGAGAGAAACCAUAUAAAUGCCCAGAGUGUGGAAAGGGCUUCAGAGCUUCAAGUUCUCUUACUGCUCACAAAAUGAUCCACACCGGGGAGAAACCCUACAAAUGCAAGAACUGUGCAAAAAGCUUCAGACGAAAAUAUCAAUAUAUUGUACAUAACAGAAUCCACACUGGGGAGAAACCGUAUAAAUGCUCGGAGUGUGGAAGAUGUUUCACUACGUCACGUUCCCUCACUUACCAUAAUAGGAUUCACACAGGCGAGAAACCAUAUAAAUGCCUGGAGUGUGGAAAGAGCUUCACAGUUUCAAGUUCUCUAACAAUUCACAAAAUGAUCCACACUGGGGAGAAACCCUACAAAUGCAAGAACUGUGCAAAAAGCUUCAGACAAAAACAUCAAUAUAUUGUACAUAACAGAAUCCACACUGGAGAGAAACCGUAUAAAUGUUCAGAGUGUGGAAGACAUUUCACUGUGUCAAGUUCCCUCACUUCCCAUCAAAGGAUCCACACUGGGAAAAAUCAGAAACCAUAUAAAUGCACAGAGUGUGGAAAGAGUUUCACAAGGAACGAUAAACUUAUUGCCCACACUAGAGUUCAUACAGGGGAGAAGCCAUAUAAAUGCACAGAGUGUGAAAAGAGCUUCACAAGGAAUGAUAAGCUUGUCAACCAUAUCAGAAUCCACACAGGGGAGAAACCAUAUGAAUGCUUGGAGUGUGGAAAGAGGUUCACAAAGAGUACAGAUCUUACUUCCCAUAAAAGGAUCCACACAGGGGAGAGACCCUACAAAUGCACAGAGUGUGGAAAGAGCUACAGUCACUCUAGUAAUCUGAGCACCCAUAAGAGUAUCCACAAAAAGGAGAAACCACAUAAAUGCACGGAUUGUGGAAAGAGCUUCAUAAGGAGCACAGAUCUUACUUCCCAUAAAAGGAUCCACACAGGAGAGAAACCACAUCAGUGCAUGGAGUGCAGUAAGAGCUUCACUCACUACAAUACGCUUACUUCCCAUAAAACCAUCCAUACAGGGGAGAAAUCAUAUAAAUGUAUGGAAUGUGGAAAGAGCUUCAGGACAAACAGUUCCCUAACUUCCCACAAAAGGAUCCACACAGGCGAGAAGCCAUAUAAAUGCAUGGAGUGUGGAAGUAGCUUCAGGACAAGCAGUUAUCUUACUUCCCAUAAAAGAAUCCACACAGGAGAAAAACCCUAUCAAUGCCCAGAUUGUGGAAAGAGCUUCAAUCUUUCUAGCACCUUUGCUUUCCAUAAAGCGGUCCAUACAGGGGAAAAACCCUAUCAGUGCAUGGACUGUGGAAAGAGCUUCAAUCAUCCUAGCACCCUCACUUCCCACAAAAGGACCCACACAGGAGAGAAACCCUAUCAAUGCACAGAGUGUGGAAAGAGUUUCAGUCACCCUAGCACCCUCACUUCCCACAAAAGGAUCCACACAGGAGAGAAACCUUAUCAAUGCGUAGAGUGUGGAAAGAGUUUCAAUCACUCCAGCAAUCUUGCUUCCCAUAAAAGGAUCCACACAGGGCAACGAAAAUAUAAGUGCCUAGCAUGUGGAAAGGGUUUCACUCAGAGUUCUCACCUUAUUUCCCAUCAAAAAAUCCACAGUGAAGAUUAACUAUAUAAAUGCGAGGAUGGGAAAAAAUAUAGGAGAUUUUGCUCUUUUACUUUGCAUCAACAAGAUUACAUGGGAAAGAAACCAUUUAAAUGCAAGGUAUGUAGGAAAAGCUUCAGCAAGUACAGUAAAAUUAUUGCACAUGAAAGAAUCCACACAGGGGAGAAACCAUUUAAAUGCAUGGAAUGUGGAAAGAGCUUUACUCAGAGUAGUCACCUUACUUCCCAUAAAAGGAUCCACACAGGGGAGAAGCCUUAUAAAUGCUUGCAAUGUGGAAAGAGCUUUACUCAAAAUAGUCACCUUACUUACCAUAAAAGGCUUCACUCGGGGGAGAAACCUUAUAAAUGCACCGAGUGUGGGAAGAGCUUUGCUGAUUCCAGUUCCCUUCUUGUGCAUAAAAGGAUCCACACCGGGGAGAAACCGUACAAAUGCACAGAAUGUGGCAAGAACUUCACACUGAGUAGUCACCUUACUUCCCAUAAAAGGAUCCACACAGGAGAGAAACCAUUUCAUUGUAUGGAAUGUGGAAAGAGCUUCAGUACAAAGAGUUCUCUCAAAUUUCAUAAAAAGAUCCAUACAGGGGAAAGACCGUAUAUAUGCACGGAAUGCGGAAAGAGCUUCAAGCGGAUUGCUGAUCUAACACGACAUGACAGAACACAUACUGGAGAAAAAAUAUAUCCCUGCACGGAGUGCGGGAAAACCUUCCGUAAGAGCAGUAAUCUUAAUGCGCAUAAAAGGAUCCACACAGGCGAGAAACUGUAUCAGUGCACGGAGUGUGGAAAGAUGUUCAGGUGGAGCAGCGGGCUCACCUAUCAUAAGAGGAUCCAUUCGGGAGAGAAACCCUAUAAAUGCUUGGAGUGCGGAAAGAGCUUCAGUGGCCUGAGUUCCUUUACUUCCCAUAAAAGGAUGCAUUCUGGGGAAAAACCCUAUAAAUGCACCGAGUGUGAAAAGAGCUACAGCAGUUUCAGUUCCUUCACUUCCCAUAAAAGGAUGCAUUCUGGUGAGAAACCCUAUAAAUGUGCGGAGUGUGGGAAGUGCUUCAGUGGCUUGAGUUCCUUUACUUCCCAUAAAAGGAUCCACUCGGGGGAGAAGCCGUAUAAGUGUAUGGAGUGCGGGAAGAGCUUCACUAUAAGUAGUCACCUGAUUUCCCAUAAAAGGAUCCACUCAGGCGAGAAACCGUAUCAAUGCACGGAAUGUGGGAAGAGCUUCACUUUAAGCAGCCAUCUUACUUCCCAUAAAAGGAUCCACUCGGGGGAGAAACCAUAUAAAUGUAUUGAUUGUGGAAGGAAGUUCAGGUGGAGCUGUCACCUGGCUUCCCAUAAAAGGAUGCACUCGGGAGAGAAACCAUAUACGUGCAAAGAGUGUGGAAAGAGUUUCAUUGACCUGAGUUCCUUUACUUCUCAUAAAAGGAUCCACUCAGGUGAGAAACCAUAUCAAUGCACGGAGUGUGGGAAGAAUUUCAGGAGUACCACUAAUCUUACUGAACACAAAAGGGUUCACUCGGGCGAAAAGCCAUAUAAAUGCACAGAAUGUGGGAAAAGCUUCAGAUGGAGUAGUUGCCUUACAUCCCAUAAAAGGAUCCACACGGGGGAGAAACCGUACAAAUGCACCGAGUGUGGAAAGGACUUCCGGAAGAGCUGCUCUCUCACUACUCAUAAAAGGAUCCACACAGGGGAGAAACCGUACAAAUGCUCGGAGUGUGGGAAGACUUUCACUAUGAGUAGUAGCCUGACUUCCCAUAAGAGAAUUCACACAGAUGAAAAACCGUAUACGUGCAUGGAAUGUGGAAAGACUUUCCGCAAGAGUGAUAACCUGACUUCCCAUAAAAGAGUACAUAUGAAAUAUAAAUCAUACGAAUGCAUGGAACACGGGAAAACUUCCCAGUGGAACCUCCCUCUUCCUUUCCAUCGAAGUAUCCACGUGGAAGGAAAACCAUAUAAAUGCAUGGAAUGUGGCAACAGCUUCAACAAUAGCAGCCAUUUUAUUUCCCAUCAAAGGACCCACUCGGGUGAGAAGCCGUACAAAUGCCUGGAGUGUGGAAAGAGCUUCAGUGAAAAUAGUUCCCUGACUUCCCAUAAAAGGAUCCAUUCAGGUGAGAAACCAUAUAAAUGUGUGGACUGUGGAAAGACUUUCAGUCAGAGUGGACAGCUUACUUCUCAUAAAAGGAUCCACACUGGAGAAAAGCCAUAUACAUGCACAGAAUGUGGAAAGAACUUCAGUCAGAAUGGUCAACUUACUUCGCAUAAAAGGAUCCACUCUGGAGAGAAACCGUAUAAAUGCACGGAAUGCGGAAAGAGCUUCAGUCAGAGUGGCCACCUUACUUUUCAUAAAAGAAUUCACACGGGAGAGAAACCAUAUAAAUGUACAGAGUGUGGAAAGAGCUUCACUAUAAGCAGUCACCUUACUUCCCAUAAAAGGAUCCACACCGGGGAGAAACCAUAUAAAUGCACGGAGUGUGGAAAGACUUGCAGUACCAACAGUGAUCUUACUUUGCAUAAAAGGAUCCAUUCAGGGGAGAAACCAUAUAAGUGCAUGGAAUGUGGAAAAGACUUCAGUCAGCGAAGUAAUCUUAUUUCCCAUAAAAGUAUACACUCGGGGGAGAAACCCUAUAAAUGUAUGGAAUGUGGAAAGAGCUUUAAUCAGCGAAGUAAUCUCAUUUCCCAUAAAAGGAUCCACUCAGGAGAGAAACCCUAUAAAUGCAUGGAAUGUGGAAAGAGCUUUACUUGGAACUGUCAACUGACUUCUCAUAAAAAGAUCCACACAGGGGAGAACCAAAUAAACGUGUUGACUGUAGAAACAGCUUUCAUGUGGAGUUCCCUUACGUCCCAUAAAAACAUCCACUUGGGGGCAAAACCGUAUACAUGCAUGGAGUGUGGGAAAGGAUUCUGUACUAGGGGUACAUUUACUUCCCAUAAUAGAAUCCAUACAGGGGAGAAACCUUUUCAGUGCAUGGAAUGCGGGAAGAGUUGCUGUACUAGCAGUGAUCUUGCAUCCCAUAAAAGGAUCCACUCGGGAGAGAAGCCUUAUGAAUGCAUGGCCUGUGGAAAAACCUUUAGUACGAGCAGUUCCUUAACUUGUCAUAAACGGAUACAUACAGGGGAGAAGCCAUACAAAUGUCCCGAUUGUGGAAAGAGCUUCAACAGAAGCAGUCAUUACACAUCACAUAAAAGGACCCAUUCUGGUGAGAAACCAUACAAGUGUACGGAAUGUGGAAAAUGCUUUGCUCAGAGCAAUCAACUUACUUCCCAUAAAAGGAUUCACACCGGAGAGAAACCCUAUAAAUGUAUAGAGUGUGGAAAGACUUGCAACACCAGCAGUGAUCUUACUUCCCAUAGACGGAUCCAUUCAGGAGAGAAACCAUAUAAAUGCUCGGAGUGUGGAAAAAGCUUCCGUAUUAGCUCUUCUCUUAUUUGCCACAGAAGGAUCCAUACAGGGGAGAAACCGUAUCAGUGCCCGGAAUGUGGAAAGCGUUUCAAUAUUAGUUCUUCCCUUACGUGCCACAGAAGGACCCACACAGGGGAGAAACCAUAUAAAUGUUUAGAGUGUGGGAAAAAUUUCAGCCAGAAUGGUCAUCUUACUUCUCAUAAGAGGAUCCAUUUAGGAGAAAAGCCAUAUAAAAGAUAUAAAUGCAUGGAGUGUGGGAAAAGCUUCAGCAAGAACAGUAAUCUUAAUGCCCAUAAAAGGAUCCACACAGUAGAAAAACCAUAUAAAUGUACGGAAUGCGGAAAAAGCUUCCGCAGGAAUAAUAAUCUUACUUCCCAUAAAAGGAUCCAUUCCGGAGAGAAACCAUAUGAAUGCCUGGAGUGCGGGAAGAGCUUCCGUAAAAACAGUCACCUGACAUCUCAUAAAACAAUCCACACCGGGCUGAAGCCGUACAAGUGCACAGAUUGUGGAAAGAGCUUCAGUAUGAACAGUUACCUUACUUCCCAUAAAAGGAUCCACACUGGGGAAAAGCCGUACAAAUGCACGGAGUGUGGAAAGAGCUUCAAUGGCUUGACUUCCUUUACCACUCACAAAAGACUCCACUCGGGCGAAAAACCAUAUAAAUGCACGGAGUGCGGAAAGAGUUGCAACACCAGCAGUGAUCUUACUUACCAUAGAAGGAUCCAUUCAGGGGAGAAACCCUAUAAAUGCCUGGAGUGCGGAAAAACCUUCCGUAUUAGCUCAUCUCUUACUUGCCACAGAAGGAUCCAUACCGGGGAGAAACCGUAUCAGUGCCCGGAAUGUGGAAAGCGCUUCAUAAUGAGUUCUUCGCUUACGUGCCACAGAAGGACCCACACAGGAGAGAAACCGUACAAAUGUUUAGAGUGUGGAAAAAGUUUCAGUCAGAACGGUCACCUUACUUCUCAUAAGAGGAUUCACAUAGCAGAAAAAGUUCAAUAUAAAUGCACAGAGUGUGGGAAAAGCUUCAGCAAGAACAGUAAUCUUAAUGUCCAUAAAAGGAUCCACAUGGUAGAAAAACCAUAUAAAUGCACGGAAUGCGGAAAGAGCUUCUGCAGGAAUGAUCAUCUUACUUCCCAUAAACGGAUCCAUUCCGGAGAGAAACCAUAUAAAUGCCUGGAGUGUGGAAAAAGCUUCCGCAAGAGCAGUCAUCUUAAUGUCCAUAAAAGGAUCCACAUGGUAGAAAAACCAUAUAAAUGCACGGAGUGCGGUAAGAGCUACUGCAGGAAUGAUAAUCUUACUUCCCAUAAACGGAUCCAUUCCGGAGAGAAACCAUAUAAAUGCCUGGAGUGUGGAAAAAGCUUCCGCAAGAGCAGUCAUCUUAAUGCCCAUAAAAGGAUCCACAUGGUAGAAAAACCAUAUAAAUGCACGGAAUGUGGAAAGAGCUUCUGCAGGAAUUAUAAUCUUACUUCCCAUAAACAGAUCCAUUCCGGAGAGAAACCAUAUAAAUGCCUGGAGUGUGGAAAAAGCUUCCGCAAGAGCAGUCAUCUUACAUCUCAUAAAACAAUCCACACUGGACUGAAGCCGUAUAAAUGCACGGAGUGUGGAAAGAGCUUCAGUAUGAAAAGUUCUCUAACUUCUCAUAAAAGGAUCCACACUGGGGAAAAGCCGUAUAAAUGCACGGAGUGUGGGAAGUGUUUCAAUGCCUUGACUUCCUUUACCACUCAUAAAAGACUCCACUCAGGUGAAAAACCAUUUAAAUGCACAGAGUGUGGAAAAUGCUUUAGAGGGUUGAGUUCAUUUACUUCCCAUAAAAGGAUUCACUCGGGAGAAAAACCCUAUGAAUGCACAGAGUGCGGAAAGUGCUUCAAUAGGAACUAUUCCCUUACCUUUCAUAAAACAAUCCACACAGGAGUGAAACCUUACAAAUGUGUGGAGUGUGGGAAGAGUUUCAGUAUGAACAGUUCUCUAACUUCUCAUAAAAGAAUCCACACAGGAGAAAAACCGUACAAAUGCAUGGAAUGUGGGAAAAGCUUCUGCAUGAGCAGUAACCUUACUUCCCACAAAAGGAUUCACAGUGGGCAGAAAACGUAUCAGUGCAUGGAAUGUGGCAAAUGCUUUAGUAAGAGUAGUUCCCUUACUUCCCAUAAAACAAUUCAUACUGGAGAGAAACCCUAUCAAUGUGUGGACUGUGGAAAGGGUUUUACUCAGAAUAGUAAUCUUACAUCCCACAAAAGAAUUCACAGUGGGGAGAAACCCUAUAAAUGUACCGAAUGUGGAAGGAGCUUCAGUAUGAAGAGUUCCCUUACUUCCCACAAAAGGACCCACACAGGGGAGAAACCAUAUAAAUGUAUGGAGUGUGGAAAGAGCUGCACUACUAGCAGUGAUCUAACUACCCAUAAAAGGAUCCACUCAGGAGAGAAACCCUAUAAAUGCAUGGAAUGUGGAAAGAGCUUCACUAUACGUUCUUCCCUUACUUCCCAUAGAAGGACCCACACCGGUGAGAAACCCUAUAAAUGCAUGGAGUGUGGAAAAAGUUUUAGUAUUAACUAUUCUCUAACUUGCCAUAGAAGGAUCCACACAGGAGAAAAACCCUAUAAAUGCAUGGAGUGUGGAAAGAGCUUCAGUAUGAGGAGUAACCUUACAUCUCAUAAAAAGAUCCACGGAAGGUGAAAGCCGUAUGAAUGUUGUCAAUGAAUUGUGAUACCUCAGAAACAUGAUUAAUCAAUUCAUGAUUAAUUGAU